AUGAGGGCUCCUUCACAACGUCUAGGAUUCACACCUUUGGAAAAGGGUUGUGGGUUGAAGGCAGCCUUCAGAGCCCUUCUGUUGCAGGUGCCAGGUGCCAGUUCUCAGGGUUUAGGCCUGCCAGCAGGCCCUCGAGUCACCGAGGUUGAGGCCAUGGUGCUCUUUGGCCACAAGAAACACCGGGGACGAGCUGCGGACAGUCCUCAGCAGCUUGUCUCCAGUGUCGGCCUCACCGUCGGUGACCCCGGAACCUGCUGGCAGGUCCAAACCCCGGAGAGCUGGCGCCGGGAACAGGGACCCCAGAACUUCAUGACACAAAACCUCAGGACUUUAGAACAGAGACAUCAGAAGUUCAAAACCUCGCGACUGCAGGACCUCAGAGAGUUCCAAGCUGUGGACGAGUCAACCAGUCUUUGUGGCGACCAGAAUCAUCUUCACCAUGGUGGUGGGGGUGGGCUUCCUCCUCACCAUCAGGUUGCACCUGCCCUACCUACCCCGUCUCCACAAAGUGCCCGCCUUUGGCUUGAUUGGGAGCAUCUUGAGCUUCUGCGAAGGUGCUCGCCAGCUCUGAAAAAAGUUGCCUUCCUUUUCUUCACCCUCCUGUUGUUCCCCAUCAUCUGGCUCUUUGAGUUGGACAAGAAUUUAUCCAUCCCAGUUGGCUGGAGCUAUCUCCUGGGUUGGCUGGUGUUCGUUCUGUACAUCACCUAUGCGGUACUUUGUUACUUCAACUGUAAGCGUUUCUGGAGAGUGAUUCGGAUCCACCCUACCACCACCGUGUCCUGCGGCAGUGAUCCCAACUCCGUAGAGGAAUCCCUGAGUGACUCGAACAUCUCAAACACCACUAGCAACCACAAGAAAUUCCUGAAUUCUCAGUAAAGGAAUACACAUCUGGCAUCAAACUGCACCCUCUUAACCUGACUUCCUCUUCCUCCCAUCCACCCUGGGCCUUGUGGAGAUGGGCCUCCUGGCAUGGGCUUCGAAAGGAGUGAGAAGAGGAGGACUGCGCCAACUUUGCCCUCCUCUCCCUUGUCCUGUCCUUGGUCACAGCCUGGGUGCUGUGGAAUAAAUUGUGCAUCUCUUCUU